AUGUACCAAGUAAAAUCCGAUAGCACAACGGUAGCAGGUUCAUCAUUUCUAGUAAGAGCUGUCAUAUAUACAGAUCUUAAUGGAACAUACUAUCCAUGGAAAUCGGAAUUACAAGAUGUUCUUUCAGCUGAUUACAUAACAUUGGCUAGCAGUGUCUGCAAUCUCACUAUUGAAAGUUCGUAUCUUGGUGAUCCAAUAAUCUCGAAAGAUGCACGAUGUUUCAAUAUUGUUUUCCUUCCAGUUAACAAUAGUAGUGAACAAGUAGGAACAACACAGAGUGGAAUUGUUAAUGUAACCAUUACUGGUGUUCAAGCCAAUGUAAAUAUAGAAUUAGUUUCUAUUAAUGCUUCAUCAAUUAAUGAAUCCAUAUUCUAUAACAUUUUAGUCAAUGGCUAUAAUCAACUGAACAAAACAUUGAAUAUAUUUGUUAUGGAUAUCGAGAUAUAUCGUGAGUGA